CAUCGCCUGAUAAGGUCUUCAUAGCUGAAGUGAUGUAGUCUGCGGGCUUCAUGUAACGCAUUCCGUGGACACAAAUCUGUGGACACCAUUAUCUUCUCUUCCCAGUUUUGCGGAACUCACAGCACCGGCUUAUCGGAGAGAUCGGCGGUAUUUAAAGGCCGCGCAGAUUGGCAGAUGGGGGUUUUUUUUUCUCCGAGAAGCGAUGUCGUUUUAGCACAGUAUUAGGAAUGUAAAACCGACACCUUAAAGGUUUUGUCCAACGUUUAAGUUAACGUAAACAACGUUGUGUUUGUUCAAUUUCGUUUGUGAAAUCAUGUCAGCCGCGGAAGGCGCUGAAAACACUUGCAGUUUGGACCAGCUGAAUAAAUUCGAGAAACUGUCAGGGAGGCCUCCACUCAGAGUAGCAGCCUCAAAGAAGAGAGCGCGGUGGCUUCAGGCUCGUCGCCUCUUCACCCAGCCUUGCCCCAGCCUCCGGAUCCCAAACAGGUUUUUGAGUGAAGGUCACCGCGCACCGCCGGCGAGGAGUGGACACCGCUGCGUGGCGGACAACGCUAACCUGUACGUCUUCGGCGGGUACAACCCGGACUACGAUGAGUCGGGCGGCUCGGAGAACGAGGACUACCCGCUGUUCCGCGAGCUGUGGCGGUACCACUUCGCCACGGGCACCUGGCAGCAGAUCCGCACCCAGGGCUACAUGCCCACCGAGCUGGCAUCCAUGUCAGCGGUCCUGCACGGGAACAACCUGCUCGUGUUCGGUGGCACCGGCAUUCCUUUCGGCGAAAACAACGGAAACGACGUCCACGUCUGCAACGUCAAGUACAAGCGAUGGUCUCUGCUCAACUGCCGGGGGAAGAAGCCCAGCAGAAUCUAUGGGCAGGCCAUGGCGAUCAUUAACGGCUACCUGUACGUGUUCGGCGGGACGACGGGGUACAUCUACAGCACAGACCUGCAUCGGCUGGACCUGACCACCCGUGAGUGGAUCCACCUCAAACCCAACAACCCCCCCGACGACCUGCCCGAGGAACGAUACAGACAUGAAAUAGCACACGAUGGACAGAGAAUAUUCAUCCUGGGGGGAGGAACCUCCUGGACAUCUUAUCCUUUGGACAAGAUUCAUGCCUACAACCUAGAGACAAACUCCUGGGAGGAGAUCGCCACCAAGCCGCACGAAAAAUUAGGGUAUCCCGCUGCCAGGAGGUGUCAUAGCUGUGUACAGAUACGCAACGACGUGUUCAUCUGCGGCGGGUACAACGGAGAGCUGAUCCUGGCUGACCUGUGGAAGCUCAGCCUGCAGAGCUUCCAGUGGACCAGGCUCCCUGCCGUCAUGCCCGAGCCCGCCUACUUCCACUGCGCUGCUGUCACCCCGGCCGGCUGCAUGUACAUCCACGGCGGCGUGGUGAACAUUCACGAGAACAAGCGGACUGGCUCUCUGUUUAAGAUCUGGCUGGUGGUGCCCAGCCUGCUGGAACUGUGCUGGGAGAGGCUGCUCAGGUCCUUCCCCCAGCUGGCCCACCUCUCCACCAUGCAGCUGCUCAAUCUGGGGCUGACGCAGGAUCUCAUCGAGCGUCUAAAAUGAGGGCCCCCGAGGGCCCCCGUGACUGAACAAGGAGCUCCGGCUCCCCCCGGCCCCGGCCCCUGCCCCCAGCCCCUGCCCCCGGCCCCAGCCCCCUGCCCCCUGCCGAACUCUUAUGUAGCCCGCCUUAAAACCAAAACGUUGGAUGCCUUUUUAUUUCCUUUUUAAAAAAAAAAAAUGUUUUCUUUUUGUUUUGUUUGCACUUAUCAAAGAUGCUUUUAACCCCUGCCCCCCCCCCCCCCUUUGGAAGUCCAGUUUUAUCAACACUGUGUGUGGAGAGCCCUGCUUCUCCUCUUCACCUGUGAGAUUUACUGCAGCGCGCUGAACUCGGAAGGCCAAGUUAAACUUCUGCUGGGUGCCAGUGCCUGCUCGCACGUCUGGUAAAGGUUACAGUCAAACUCUUUAAUUCCAUCAAACUCGUCCUGUUUAGCUUGUAUUUUUGAGUUUCUACAACGACGUCCUCAUCAAGGUGUUUUAAUGUUCGUGAAGGAGACUGCUGAGAAAUGAGGUAUCAGCGCGUUUGAGGCGUUUGCAUGAACUGCCGAUUAUGAACAGCGAUAAAACCUCUUCUCAUCGUUUCACCAGCACUUUGUCCUUAUCCUUCAGCAUCUCCACUUUUACCUGUUUUUAUGUUUCUCUAAUAAAAUCAGAUUUAUGGUUUUCGAUCUUAA